UCCCUCGGCCCCGGGUGCCGACGUGUGGAAGGAGGCGGCCGCAGGCGGUUGGGACCCGGGUGUGGGUGCCAGUGGGAGGGGGGAUGGGAGGCCUGCGGCUGCUGGCGGUGGCCCUCACCUGCUGUUGGUGGCCGCCGGGCAGCCAGGGCAAGACCCUGCGGGGCAGCUUCAGCAGCGCCGCGGCCCGAGACGCUCAGGGCCAGAGCAUCGGCCACUUCGAGUUCCACGGUGACCAUGCUCUUCUUUGCGUCAGAAUCAACAACAUAGCAGUAGCUGUUGGAAAAGAAGCUAAACUUUACCUGUUCCAAGCCCAGGAAUGGCUAAAGCUACAGGAAAGCGGUCAUGGUUAUAGUUGUGGUGAAAAAUUAUCCAAAGCUCAGUUGACAAUGACCAUGAAUCAGACUGAACAUAAUCUGACAGUAUCCCAGAUUCCAUAUCCACAAACGUGGCAUGUGUUUUAUGCAGACAAGUAUACGUGCAGAGAUGACAAUGAGAAUUCUCAGGUGGAAGAUAUCUCAUUUGAAAUGAUGUUACUAAACCCAGAUGCUGAAGGGAAUCCAUUUGAUCAUUUUGGUGCUGGAGAAUCUGGGUUACAUGAGUUCUUUUUCCUCCUAGUCCUGGUGUACUUUGUGCUUGCUUGCAUUUAUGCUCAGUCAUUGUGGCAGGCUAUCAAGAAAGGAGGGCCCAUGCACGUGAUCCUAAAGGUUCUGACAACUGCACUGCUGCUGCAAGCCAGCUCAGCUUUAGCUAAUUACAUUCAUUUCUCCAGUUACUCCAAAGAUGGAAUAGGAAUACCUUUUAUGGGAAGUUUGGCAGAAUUUUUUGACAUUGCUUCCCAAAUUCAAAUGUUAUACCUGCUUCUGAGUCUAUGCAUGGGCUGGACAAUAGUCAGAAUGAAGAAGUCUCAAAGCAGACCUCUCCAGUGGGAUUCUACUCCUGCAUCCACUGGCAUUGCUGUAUUCAUUGUCAUAACACAGAGCAUUUUGCUACUUUGGGAGCAGUUUGAAGAUACCAAUCCUCACAGCUACCAUUCACAUCACAACUUAGCAGGGAUCUUGCUAAUCAUUUUAAGGAUUUGCCUAGCAUUGUCGUUAGGCUGCGGACUGUACCAGAUCAUCACAGUGGAGAGAAGCACUCUAAAAAGAGAGUUUUACAUCACGUUCGCCAAAGGCUGUAUCUUGUGGUUUUUAUGCCAUCCAGGUCUUGCAUGUAUCUCUGUCAUUUUUAGUGACUACCAAAGAGAUAAGGUUAUCACAAUAGGUGUUAUCCUUUGCCAGUCUGUUUCCAUGGUUAUUCUCUACAGACUCUUUCUUUCCCACAGUCUAUACUGGGAAGUUUCUUCACUUUCUUCAGUAACACUACCACUGACCAUAUCAUCUGGACACAAAAGUCGGCCUCACUUCUGAUACUUGAUUUUCUUUAAAGAAAACAAUUGAUUUAAGAGUGCAAUAAGGAUCCAAAUACAGUGACUUUUUUUUCAUACUUUUGGUAUGAAAAAUUGAACAAAGAAGGCAGAGCAUGUUAUUUAUACAACUGCAUUUAAGCAGUAUCAAACUGAAAAAAGGUAACAAAUGAAAUGUUUUGAAAUAUGCUUAAUAAACUUUCAAGAAAGUGUGUUGUUAUAGGGUGAUUUAUGCAAUUUAUCUGUGGAAAUUAAUAUAAAAAGAGUUAUAUGAUAUUUUGGUAAGAGAUUCACCACUUUGUUGUAAUGCCUCAUCUUAUAUCAAUAGUUAACUCAGGUUUGAUAGUCUUAUAAAAAGUAAUCAGUUAAAUGAUUACUUGCUUAUACAUAUCUAAACAAACUCCAAUUACAAAAUCAGUGUAAUACACUGAUUAAAAACUGCUCUUUAUGCUUUAAGGAAAAUGCAUUUCACAUUGGAGUUUAAAGGAAUUGAAAAUGAAAUUACUUAAGAAUGUGAAUAUAAAAUAUAUUUAUAGCUGAAUGAAUGAAUAAGUUUUUGUUUAUUUGGUGUGGGGUUCUUCUCCAUUUUCUUCUAUCCCUUUGGCUCUAGUUCAGGUUCUGGCUUGGUUAGCAAAGGGUUUUUGAUAAAUAGUUUAUGAAAAAUAAAGCUUAGAUACAUUAUAUGGGUUGUUCCUUACAAAGACUUUUAAAAUCUGAGCACUUAGGUGAAGGGACAAGCAGGGUUACAUGUUUAAAAAGAAAGAAGGGAAACGUACUAUGUGAUAUGGUACUAAAAUUUUAAUCCUGAUAUAAUUCAUUUCUUACAUUGAAUCCCCAAUCAUAAUUAAGCCGUAUACACAGAUUAAAUUAACAGAAGCAUUUCACAUAAAUGUUGGUUUCAGUCAUCAACUACCCAUGAAUUCCUGCCCAAGGAUACUUAAUCAGGAUUAAAUUUUCUAUGAAUAAUUGAAAAACAAAAUACUCACUGGAUUUGUUAUAAUCCUUGUUGGCACUGGAUUCUAAGUAGUUGCCAUCUUGAAUCCUUUGUAAUAAAGCCGUAUUUUUUGUGUAUGUGAUGCCCCAGUAUUGAGUAUGCUAGCUAUGAAAUACUCUACCAAGUGCCUGUUUAAAGAAUUGCUAAAUGGUUGUCAAUACCUGGUGUAUAAAAUGAGUGUUCCCAUUAGUAGUCACUGAUUGGAAAUUAUUCUGUUUCUGUUUGGUGUCAUGCUGUUCAGGCCUUUUCAGUUUUACAUCUGGCUUAUUUUCUUUUCAAAUACUUUUUAUCUACUUCCAAAGGUAUUACAUUUUUAAGCAAGAAAUGGUGGACUGACCUGGUAAUUAGUUUUUAAUUAAAUAGUCAAAACAACACAGCAUAACUUUAAAGUACCUGUGACUUUGUCCUCAUUCUUACCUUACCCCUGGUCUCAUUGGAAUUGAACAGUGUUCUGUUUCAUGUUAGAGGCAAAUAUCUAUGUUCGCAAGUAGCAAACUGACAAGUGACAGAGGUCACCUGGCUCAUUAGAUCAUCUUUCUAACAGUUCUCUGUAAAUUAUUUAAUAAAUGAGGGGUACAGGUUACCACUAGGAAGUUGGAGAUGUAUUUUAGCUCUACGUGAUCUGCUGUGUGGUCAUGACCUUUUCUUUUACCACGUCUCAUUCAUAACCCUGGUGCUGUCUGUCCUGUUCAACUGAGGUGCAGUUAAUUAAGCAGGAUCAAAAAAGGGGAAGCCUUUCAUAAGCUUUGUGAACUUGUACCAGUAGAGAGGAAAUAAUUUUUCUGUUACCUACACAAAGAACAUAGAAACUGCAAUCCAGAUAUAUGAAAUGUGUUACUGUACUUGUAUAUAUGAAACUCUGACAGGUCUUUUUUUUUUUACUUUAAUUAUUUUUUAUUUUAUGAUUGAAUUUGUUGAUAAUUUAUUUUGUUAUUCAAGAGCCAUUGUUAAAUGAAGGAAAAUAGUUAAUAAUUAACAUAUAGCAUAUAAAACAUUGUUCAUGAAUUUAGUAAUCAGAGCUGAAAAUUUAGUCUGUAAGUCGCGGCACAGCACCCACUCUUCUCUCGGUGAAUGUUUACACAGAGCUCUGUCAGCACAGAGCAUGGAAGGAUAAGUAUAUACUGUAAACUCUCAUUAAAGAUCGAAACUUUUCUACUUUUCUUUCAGAUCAUGCUUUUUUACAAUUAAUUUUUACAACUUUUUUUCUUAAAGAAGACAAAUGGUUGUGUCCAGGCUUCUUUCUUUUUCUUUUUUUUUUCAGAAGCAUUUUGUUUCUUCUCUAAGAAGCUAUAGAAGAUACUUACUUUUAUGACACAUGUAAUAAUAUUAGCUCCUCCUUAACUGAAUGUCUGCUGUGUGCCAGGCACUCACUGUUGUCACUGAGCCCUUCUGCGCUAGCAGAGCUCCCCUUCAACUGAGCAUAAGAGAGAAUAAAUGAUUUCUCUAAAGGCAUCAGACUUCUCUUUAGUUUUUCUGCUUUUUACCCUCAUAAUUUAAUGAGCACCUAUUAGGUGUGUAUGUUUUUAGUGAAAAUGCCUGGCUAUUGGUAGCUAAUUUUAGCUGUUGAUUGUACUGUUAAACCUGGAUUUGUACUGAAGUCAGAAAUGAACUUGCAUAGAUAAGCAAGUGUGCACCUCAGCACAUUUCAAUAUUUGAACCUUGGCUUUCAGCUAGAGGAAGAGAAUCCAGGCAGAAGAGCUUGUUUUAGGAAGGUUUUCUGUGGUCUCAACUUGCAAGCCAAGUCUAUUGAAACUACAGGAUAAGUAAGUCUAAGGCCAACAGUAAUGUAGAGACUUCACACACCAUUAUGAAUGGUGGCCCUUCAGUAUAUGUUUCCCUUAGGAGACUGUGCCUAUUCUCUGGAAGUUCUUAGGAAAUCUGGAAUUAUCUGUGUAACAUUCUCUUUAAAUAGCUUCAGUGGUGUCAAAUCUGUGAGGUUUUCUGUUUUUGUGAAGUAAUGCGGUGACCAAUCAAGUUGAGACUAAAUCUGAAGAAGUAAUACUGUUUUUUGUACCAACAUAAAGUCAAGAAUUGAGACAAAUAACAAGACUGGUUUUCCUGUGAAAUCUGAAAACUACCAUGAAAGCACACUGUCCUGAACUCCUUGAAGUAGUUCUCCAAGAAAUAUUUCAGCUUCCACUACCUGGGCAGCACAUUCCCAGGGCAUCAUGGACAUUGUCCUCGAGGAGUGUCGUUUAUAUAGGAUACCAGGAGACCUAGAAGAGUCCUAGGAAGGAAUGGCCCUGCCCACCAAAGCCCUUUCUCUGCAAAGUGAAGGGAAAUCAGUUGGAUGUUGGAAUUCUUUGUGCUAAUCAUAUGCCUCUUUUUAAGUUUGAAAUUAUUUUAAAAUAAAGUUUAAAAAUAGAAAUCAGAUCAAA